UUAGAUAUUUCUUCCGUUUCCCGGCGGGUUUUAGCGAAAUUGUUAGUGUGUAAUUUUUCCUUGUUUUACGCCAUGUAAGAAAUAUUAAAUAGUGUUCAUUUUUUACAGGCUAAAUUAAUUUUCAUCAUAUUCAUGUGCCUCGGUACCUUUAUAAAUCAAUAGCAAUUGAAGAUUUGAGUUUGAACUAUGAUUUUAAUUGAUAUUUUUCUUGGUGUGUUUUUUGUUUGGGUUCUGGUGUUCUUUUUGUAUGUAAUUCUAGCUGAUGCAGAUAUGACACUGCUGUAUUAUCACAAAUUUGGAUCUCGAAAGGAAUUGCUCUGGAAUCAAGUAGUUUGGAUUACUGGUGCAUCAAGUGGCAUUGGAGAAUAUCUUGCUUACAGUUUGAUAAAACGUCAAGCUAAAUUAGCACUUUCUGGAGUUAAUAUUGAAAGGUUAAGAAAAGUUAAGAACAAAUGCAUAGAAUUAUCUGGAUGUCCAGAAGAAAAUGUUCUUCUUGUACCAUUUUCUAUUGAGAAGUUUGAAGAGCAUGAUAGUCAUGUCAAUAAAGUUUUGGAGCAUUUUGGCCAUAUUGAUAUACUUGUAAACAAUGCUGGUGUUUCUCAAAGAGCAGAUUUUCCUGAUAUUGAUAUAGAAGUUGACCAGAAGCUAUUUAGUGUAAAUGUGUUUGGGUCUGUAAACCUGACUAGGAAAGUUCUCAAGCAUUUUCUUGAGCAAAAGAAAGGCCAUGUAGUAGUGACCAGUAGUCUUGCUGGAAAAAUGGGAGCACCAUACUCUUCAGCUUAUACUGGAUCAAAGCAUGCUUUGCAUGGAUACUUCGAAUGUUUAAGAACUGAAAUGAUUGGACAAAACAUUGAUGUUACUAUUGUAUGUCCUGGCCCAGUAUUUUCUCAGAUUACUGAUAGAUGUGUUACUGGAAAACUUGGAGAAAAGUUUGAUCAUACUCAGAAACCAACGGAUAGAAAAAUGAAAACUGAUCGUUGCAGUGAAUUAAUGGUUUCUGCAAUAGCCCACAAGUUAGAUGAAUGUUGGAUAUGCAUACAGCCUCUUCUUAAUUUGUUUUAUUUAAGCCAGUACUGCCCAACGGUGUACAAAAGGUAGUAUGUUUAUUUAAAU